UACAAAUCUGUGCACCGGGCCUCUAGUUGAAGAAUAAAGGACCAAGUUCUUUUUAUGGCCUAUCGUAUUUUUUUAAUGUUCAAUCUUAUUAGAUACUUCAUUUCAUACUUUUCAUCUUUACGCCUUUAUGUGUGCCUUUUCUCUCUGGCUGCCAGAGGUUCUCUGUAUCUGGCUAGCUUUGUGACUGAGGCAAAUUACUGCACUUUGUGCCUCUAUGUCCCCAUCUAUAACAUGGGAACCAAUGGGAAUGCCUAACUAAAUGAGUGGUUGUAAGAAUUAAAUGAGUUAAUGUAUGUUAAUGUCUUAGAACAGUGCCUGGCACAAAGUAUAAUAUUGGUGUUUACUAUUACAAGUGUUCCUCAACUCACAAUGGCAUUCCAUCCCAUUGUAUGUUGAAAAUACCUUAAGUAAAAAAUGGAUUUAAUACACCGAACACUGUAGCUUAGCCUAGCCUACCUUAAACAUGCUCAGAACACUUACAACAGCCCUCAACUGGACAAAACCAUCUUGCUACUGUUGCCCAGCUUUAUGCCGCUAUCAUAGCCUGGGAGAAGAUCAGAGUUUAAGAUCUGAAGUAUGAUUUCUACUGAAUGUAUAUGUCAUCAUUGGGCAGUCAAAAAUUUGAUGACCAGAUCAUUAACUGGCUGUUAGAAUUCCGGUCUUCUAUCAUGUACUUGACCAAAGACUUUGAGCAGCUUAUCAAUAUUCUCUUGAGGUUGCAGUGGUUGAAUAGAAGUCAGACAGUGGUUGAGGAAUAUUUGGCUUUUCUUGGUAAUCUUGUAUCAGCACAGACUGUCUUCCUUAGACCAUGUCUCAACAUGAUUGCUUCUCAUUUUGUGCCUCCCCGGGUGGUCAUUAAGGAAGGUGACAUAGAUGUUUCCGAUUCCGAUGACGAAGAUGAUAAUCUUCCUGCAAAUUUUGACACUUGUCACAGGGCCUUGCAAAUAAUAGCAAGAUAUGUCCCAUCGACACCAUGGUUUCUAAUGCCAAUACUUGUAGGAAAAUUUCCAUUUGUUCAAAAAUCAGAGAGAACAUUGGAAUGUUAUGUUCAUAACUUACUAAGAAUUAGUGUGUAUUUUCCAACUUUGAGGCAUGAAAUUCUGGAGCUUGUUGUUGAAAAACUACUCAAAUUGGAUGUGAAUGCAUCCCGGCAGGAUAUUGAAGAUGCUGAGGAAAUAGCAACUCAAACUGGUAGUGGAACAGAUGCCACAGAAGGACUAUUUAAUAUGGAUGAAGACGAAGUACCUGAAAAUGAAACAAAGGCUGACCCUGAAAGGCUCAAUCAGAUGGCACAUCCUGUCGCCGAACGCCUGGACAUCCUGCUGUCUUUACUUUUGUCCUACAUUAAGGAUGUCUGCUAUGUAGAUGGUAAGAUUGAUAUCAACAAAACAAAGGAUUUAUAUCGAGAGCUCAUAAUUAUUUUUGAUAAACUCCUGUUGCCCACCCAUGCCUCCUGCCACGUUCAGUUUUUCAUGUUUUAUCUCUGUAGCUUUAAAUUGGGAUUUGCAGAAGCAUUUUUGGAACAUCUCUGGAAAAAAUUGCAGGAUCCGAAUAAUCCUGCCAUCAUCAGGCAAGCUGCUGCAAAUUAUAUAGGAAGCCUUUUGGCAAGAGCUAAAUUUAUUCCUCUUAUUACUGUAAAAUCAUGCCUAGAUCUUUUGGUAAAUUGGCUGCACAUAUACCUAAAUGACCAGGAUUCAGGAAAAAAGGCAUUUUGUGAUGUUGCUCUACAUGGACCAUUUUACUCUGCCUGCCAAGCUGUGUUCUACACUUUUGUUUUCAGACACAAGCAACUUUUAAGUGGAAACCUGAAGGAAGGUUUGAGGUACCUUCAAAGUCUAAAUUUUGAACGUAUAGUGAUGAGUCAACUAAAUCCUCUGAAGAUUUGUCUGCCCUCGGUAGUUAACUUUUUUGCUGCAAUUACAAGUAAAUACCAGUUAGUCUUCUGCUACACUAUCAUUGAGAGGAACAAUCGCCAGAUGCUACCAGUUAUUAGAAGUACAGCUGGAGGGGACUCGGUGCAAACCUGCACAAACCCACUUGACACCUUCUUCCCCUUCGAUCCUUGUGUGCUUAAGAGGUCAAAGAAAUUCAUUGAUCCAAUUUAUCAGAUAUGGGAAGACCUAAGUGCCGACGAGCUUCAGGAGUUUAAGAAACCCAUUAACAAGGAGGCGGUGGAAGAUGAAGAUGAUGACUUUUUGAAAGGUGAAGUUGGGAUUACACCGAGCUCCUUUGACACGCAUUUUCGAAGUCCUUCGAGUAGUGUGGGCUCCCCACCAGUGCUGUAUCUGCCAGACUAGUCUCCACUGACUGCAAGGAUUUGCGAUUGAGACGAACAUGCCUCCCCAUCCUGCCCUUUAAUACCAGGGCUCGUACUGUUUGAGUUUCACAUCAAACUAGAGCGUCGAGUACCUGCCUCUGGCACCAUAUUUCAAGUUAGACUUACUCUAGUGCGUGAACAGACGUGUUUUUUCUUCUUUUUCUUUUUGCUCCCAUAUAGACAGAGGAAAAGACUACCAUGUGCAAUAUUUUAUAAUGGAGUUGAUGAUAAAUGUUCAAGGCUUGGCUUGUUUGUGUAUACUUAAUGUAUACUUUUAUGUAACAUAAUUAUUGUGAAAUUUCUAAUAUCAGCAACAGCCUGUUUUAACAGAUUGCAUUUUAAACAUAGGUUCUGGUGAGAGCCAUACUUAUAGGACUUUUCUGAUCAGUGAAAAUCCUCUAGAACACUAUUUAUAGUCUUUAGAGUUUAUUUUAGGUACAUUGUUUACCUCUGCUGUAACUGUCUGUGUGUUGGGGUUCAGUGGGGUGCAGAGAAAGGUAGGAGACAGUGGGGAGACGGCCAGGGCUGGUCCCACAUGCUGAGAGCGGGAGAUCUCCAGGGGCUUCGGAGAUCAAUAAAAGCCUGGAGGAAAGAGAUAGGGGAUUUAGGGAGACAGAAUCAGCCAAAUCGUCCACAUGUGAGUGUAAGUGGAUUUUUAAAAAAAAAUGGAGUUCCAUGUAAAAGUAAUUCACAUUGACUGAAGGUGGGGGUUGGGCUUUUUAUAAAACAGCAAGCCAAGAGCAGUUUACCCCAAAGCGCCCAGGUGUGAGGUUUGAACUGGAAUGACCCAUUUAUAGUGGAAUUUUAACAUGGAUUUUUAUAUUUUUACCAGAAUGAGUAGACCAGUUCUUAUUUUAAAAAUUUCUUGGAGAGGGUGGGUUACAUUUUAGGUUAUUUAUGGGGUGAUUUUGCUAGCAACAGUUGGCCAAGGUUACAUAUAUUCUUUGUCCAACUGGCUAUUUGUAUCAUGGAUUCAGCUCAGUGAAACCCUAAACCCUCCUCUGUCUAGUUUUCUGGGGUUUUUUGUUUGUUUGUUUGUUUGUUUUUUAACGAAACGAGGAGUCUAAAGAACCUUGCAUAUAGCAAAUUUGUGCGGGCACUGCUAGAUUAAUUUGGAAGCUCAUGCAUAUUUAGCUUCAUUCUUUAUUUGUGUACUUUUUUGUUACUUGUGAAAAUGUACAUCUUUAAACUUAUUUAUUUUUCUGCCACUUUUCCUAUUUUUUAUUUAAAAGCAAGUAAUAUUUUCUUGAUCGCAAAUAUUUUGUAAUGAAAUACUUUCUCUCUCUUAGAGCAUAAUAUGCUUUUGUAUAAUUAUAUUGAUGGAGAUGUAGAGUUUGAAUUGCAGUCGGUAAAUAUGCUUUGGAACAGAAAAAAUUUUAUUGCUUUAAAAAGUUUAGGAUAUUGGUGACUUUCUUUUAGUGACUUGGUGGAAUGUCAUUUGAGAACCUUUAGGUUCCCUUUUUUUAACUGCUGACAAAAAGGUGGGAUUUUUGUAUACUGGACAAAAGGAGAAAAUGAAAUGUGUCCAUAGAAAUAAUGUAAGUGGAGUCUCUGGUUGGGAAGUAGCUUUACUGUAGAGGGGUAUAUUUAUAAGUAAGUGUUUAAUUUCAAAGGAGCUUGAGAAAAAACCUAUUGUGACAAUAAAACAAUGACAUGGUUAA